AUGACUUCCAUAAUUGAAGGAUCGGAACCCGCUAUUGCCGCUGAAUCGCAUAUCUUCGCAAUUCCUCCGUCUUUUGCAGACCGGUUCCGAACGGAAGAGGAAAGAAUAGGACCAACAGCAGCAAUUCCGGAAAAUAUUCCGGCCGGUGGUGACAUUAAUUUUUACAUUGCCCCCUCAUCAAAUGCCAUGGUUUCCCUGCCAGACUUAAGCAUAGAAUUAGAAGUAGCAUUAAAAAAAAGGAAUACAGACAACAGUUGGGACCGAAUCCAAAUGACGGAUACUUGUGCUCCUGUCAAUAAUCUAAUUCACUCAAUGUUUCAAUCAGUUCAGGUUUCAGUAGCUAACCGACUGGUUAGCGACUGUGCAAUCUACUACCCCUACCGGGCAAUGUUUGAGUGUCUACUGAGUUAUACGAAGGAUGCAAUGGGAACACAGCUGACUUCUAGCGGUUUCUAUUUGGAUAAAGCUGGAAGCUUUGAUGACGCUGCUGGCAACACGGGAGAACAAGCUCGCCUAACGCUUUUUACAAAAUAUGAAUACAUUCCCCUUAGCGGAAAAUUAUUUUCCGACAUUUUCAUGCAAGACAAGCCAUUGAUAACAGGAGUUCCACUACAGAUACGUUUUGUUUUGCAUAAACCAGAAUUUUAUUUACGCGAUUGGGCAAAUCCGGUAACCAGUGAAUAUAGGCUGUUUAUACGCAACCCAAGAAUUUUCGUACGACGUUAUGUUGGUGUUCCAGAGUACAUGAAUGCCAUUAGCAAGCGGUUGCUGACAACAACGGCAAAGUAUCCAAUUGAACGCGUUCUCAUGCGUCCGAUCGAAUUACCGGCUAAUAUUCAAAGCACUGUAUUUAACAACAUUCACAUUGGUCAGGUUCCGAAAGUCUUAUUUGUAGCUUUUGCCACUGCGGAUGCUUUCAACGGCACAAAAAAGGCUAAUCCUUUUAAUUUUCAACAUUUCAAUUUAUCUCAAAUCAGUGUUGAAGUUGAUGGACAAUCCUUCCCUAACCGACCGUACGAACCGGAUUACGCAAACGGAAAGUAUUUAGACUGCUACGAUGGUCUUUUAGACACUUUAGGAAGGCGCAAUAGUCCUUUCGGUGCGCUGCCAUUUAAUCGAGACGAAUAUGCAAAAGGAUUCUGCAUUUAUGGUUUUGACCUGACUCCUGGAGGAACUGGGCUUGGCCCACUGAGUUUGAUUCGUCAAGGGAAUCUGGGUAUUCGUGUAGUCUUCAGUGAGCCGCUGAGACAGCCGACGAUCAUGAUUACGCUUCUUACGUUUGACGCGGUGAUAGAAAUUAACAAUUUCCGCCAGUUAAUUUGUGACUUUACAAAUUAA